AUGUCGGACCUCAUCCGCCGCAUUAAAUGUGAUGAGACCCCGGACGCAUGUAAGAAUUGUAUCUCCACUGGCCGAAUCUGUGAGGGAUAUGACAUGCACCGGUUACCGCCAACCAAAAAGGUUGCCCCCAAGGCCACCUGGGAUGUGAUGCCGGGCAUUGUCAACGGAUUUUAUUGGACCAUGACUUCGGACGAGCAGCGCUGCUAUUCCUACUAUCGAUUCAGCGUGGUGCCUGCUCUUAUUGGCUCCUUCAGCUCUCCAUUAUGGGAAAAUCUGGUGUUCCAAAUGAGUUAUGCAGAACCGGCGGUUUAUCAUGCGGUCAUCGGCCUCAGCGCCGUCCAGCGAGAAUCGCCCAACAGUAAACCAUCAGCAGCCAAAGGAAGCUGGAAUAAAUUUGCACUGGAACAGUUGGGACGGUCCUUUUCACUACUGAGACGUCGCAGCACCUCUCAAGACCCUCAAUUGCCAACGGUUACUCUGAUCUGCUGCCUGCUUUUUGUUACACUGGAAUUACUACAAGGGCAAUAUGAAGUUUCCUUCACACAUCUCCGAAAUGGUCUGGAUAUUAUCAAGAAGCUGAAGGCCCAUAAACAGCUUGUUCCAGGUGCUUUUGAUAAGUCACCGGUAGAGCAAUGCCUGGUGGCCGCUUUCGCGCACAUGGACAACCAGGUGGCGUAUUUCAGAACCGGCGAGCCAAUCCUAGACCUGGAUGAUUGGCUAGAGGGAUAUUUAGCCAACAAAACAGCAUUCAGAAAUCUCGGAGAGGUACGGCAGACCCUCGAGCCCCUCUUGAGUGCUAUCAUGCGGUUUGUAACCCGGUCAGCCACGGACACUAGCCCACUGCUGCCCAAGCAGAAGCAGCUCAUGUCCCAAUUGACUGACUUUUCCCGGUUAUUCGACUCCUUCCGCGAGAGCUCAUACGCAAUGCUCAAUCCAUUCCAGCUAAUAGGAGCGGAUCUCAUGCUUCUAAGACAACGCACUCUGUUUUUAACCCUUGACACAUGUCUCCUACCCUUGGAUGAUCCUUCGCUUGACAACUACAACCAGCAAUACGAAGAAAUCAUCUCAAUCGCAGAGCUUAUAAUGCGCAAAGCCAUCGACCAUACCAGCCUCACCAUCGAUAUCGGCGUGAUUCCUCCCCUAUGCCACGUCGCUCUCAAUUGCCAGGACCCAACCCUUCGUUGGCGCGCCAUCCAUGCAGUCCGUUCAUGGCCAUAUCAGGACGGACCGUGGGACUCUAGCCGCCUAGCGCGCAUUACCAUGGAGACAAUCAAAAUCCACUCAUAUUCAAGAAAAGCCUGGGACGAGAGAGUUGCCUGGAACCAAGAUAUAACCGGUCGUUCACCCAGCGGACUGCUCCCUCGGAAUAAUUAUGUCAUGAUCUCCCCGGAUCACCGUCACGGAUGUAUACCAUACAUGAUCGCAGGGGUCAGGAAGUUCUGGUGGUUUAGCUUCCUGGAUGAUGACUUGAAUUCAGCAAAUGGGUUCGUUCUUAGUGACGUUACGGGCUGGACUCCUAUAAUCGCUAGCAGACUUCGUUUUCGACCACCUGGGCCCGUUCAUUAA